UAAGCUCGAGAGUGGAAGAGGAAAAGAGAGCGAAAGCGAGAGCCGCGAGCUCACCUCACCUCACUCCUCGCCUCCUCGCUUCCAUUCCCCGAUCGAUUCCGGCCGCCGGGAGCAUGAUCUGACCCCGGAUUCCGGCGAUUCGAUCCGCGGAGAGCAAGAUCGGUGGUCCUUUCGCCGGAAUUGGCGAUGUCGUCGUCGCCGUUGGUGCUUACUGUCCUCUUGUUUGCGUCGCUGACCUGGCUGGUGGUUCUUGCCCCGCGCUCCUCGUCGCCGCCGGCGACGGCGACGCCGUCGCCGCCUGUGGUGGGUGAUGGGGUGGGUGGAGGUGGGGAGGAUGGUGAUCUCGCGCUGUUCCGGCGAGCCACGCUGGACGGCGGCGAGGGGGCGGCGGCGAUGGCGGUGGCGGAGCCUAAGGUGGCGUUCUUGUUCCUCACCAACUCGGAGCUCACGUUCGCGCCGCUGUGGGAGAGGUUCUUCGAGGGGCAUGGCGAGAGGCUGAACGUGUACGUGCACGCCGACCCGGCGGCGCGGCUGAUGAUGCCGCCGACGAGGUCGUUCAAGGGGCGGUUCGUGGCGGCGGGGCCGACGAAGCGCGCCGACGCGACGCUGAUCGCCGCGGCGCGCCGCCUGCUCGCCGCCGCGCUGGUGGACGACGCCGCGAACGCCUACUUCGCGCUGCUGUCGCAGCACUGCAUCCCCGUCCACUCCUUCCGCCACCUCCACGCGACGCUGUUCCCGCCCCCCGCCGCGGCGGCCGCGGCGGCGCGCCGCCAACGCCGCCUCCCGAGCUACAUCGAGGUGCUCGACGGCGAGCCGCAGAUGGCGUCGCGGUACGCGGCGCGCGGCGAGGGCGCCAUGCUUCCCGAGGUCCCGUUCGACCGGUUCCGCGUGGGCUCCCAGUUCUUCACACUCGCGCGGCGCCACGCCGCGCUCGUUGUCGGCGAGCGCCGCCUCUGGGACAAGUUCCGGCAGCCGUGCCUGGACCAGAACGCGUGCUACCCGGAGGAGCACUACUUCCCGACGCUGCUCGACAUGGCCGACCCCGCCGGCGUCGCGCGGUACACGCUGACGCACGUCAACUGGGCCGGCAGCGUGCACGGCCACCCGCACACGUACACGGCGGCGGAGGUGUCGGCGGAGCUCGUCGCCGACCUCCGCCGCCCCAAGAAGAACACCACCCACGACUACAUGUUCGCGCGCAAGUUCUCGCCGGAUUGCCUCGCCCCGCUCAUGGACAUCGCCGACGCCAUCCUCUUCAACGAUUGAUCUCCAUUGCUGCUGCUCUGCUCAUCAAAGGAGUUGAUUUUGCAGAAGAAGUGGCCUCUGUUAUUUCUCCCGGUGUCUGAAACCUGAGAAGUUCAGAGUUUCAGAGUUUCAGUCCCUUCCUCUUCUGUUCUUGCCAUGAUACUUGGUGUAAUCGUCUGUAGAUUAGAAAAAAGAAAGCAAGUGAGCAACAACCUAAUGCGAAGCAGCAGGUGUUGCCUGGAUCAUCUCAUCAGAUAACAUGAUGAUCUCAUGAUCCAUCUAUAUAAUCAUCCAAUGCAUUUGCCUAGAGCUAGCAGCCUAAGGCUGCCUGUGCCUGAAUGCAUUAGCUGAUGAAGUGUCAAAUGUCAAUUAGUGUUCAGUAAUCAGUACUAGUAUACUGCAAUUAAUAAACCUCUUGCAAAGCUACUACUACUUGUCAGCUCCUGUGCAUAAGAAGUAAUUAAGCAGACAGGUUUUUGUAGCAAGUUUCAUGUGAUGACUUUUGAGCAGAAAUAAAAUAAAGAAAAUGGCAGAAUCAAGCA